UGCAGGGUUUUUUUGUAUUUUUGUGGAUUUUUUAAAAAAAUACAUAAAAAUAAAAAGUGGCUCAGUUUAAAGAACUCACAAUUAUUUUUAGCCGUGAAAGUGAAACUGUUUAUAUGAAGUAUAGAUAGUUUUCAAGGCUGAAGACUUGCUUGUCAUAACGUUCACUUCUGCAUUCAUCUGUUUACAAGCGUGUUAUGUUUCUCUGUGAAAGCAUGUUUUAAAGUGGUAUUUAUAUAUAUAUACAUAUUGUAUGUAUAUAAAAUUAUAUGUAAUAUAUAAAUAUAUAUAUCUUGAAUAUAAAUACAAUUUUACUUCUAAGUUUAUAGCAACUCCCAACCAAUAAAAAUGUUGUCACUUAGAUUUGUUUGGCCAUCUUCAGAUUCCUCAUUUAAUCUACUGUAUUUGAGAUCAUCUUUACAUUAAAACCAAAUAUUUGCAAGCUUAUGCUUUUGAGAUAAGCCACCAUGAUUUUCAAAGGACUGAGCAGUGGGUGGCUACUCUUCAUGUUCAAAAAGCAGAUCUGAAGGAAAGGAGGAGCAGAAGAACAGGGAGAACUUUCACCUCCUGGUGCAAAGUCCAAAAAUGGGGGUUUCCAUGAUGCUCUUAGUAAGGAUGGUGACAACGUGUGUGUACUUGCUUACCCGAGCCAGGCAAAGGGACGGUUUCUGUUAAAGGAAAGUGGUUUGCGCUUCCAUUAUUCCCUGUGGGGAAAGUAAUUGCUUUUCUUUUUAUAGCCUUGCAGUUUGCCAGAAAUCAAUAGGUCUGCGGAAGGAGUUUCCUCACCCCCAUAACCAGCAUUGCAUAACUGUGGUAGACAAGUGGAGGCAAAACUGUAUGUGGUAACAUCCCUGUCCUAAACCCCCUCAUUGCUUAAUAACCACUGCUUGGGCAUUAUUGUUGCAUUUGUAGCAGGGAAACGUUUCUGGCAGAUUGAAUAGGAGUAUAUUGUGUUGGGCGUUUUAUCAGUAUAUGGUAAAAUAGUCCUAGCAGAACAGGCAUACAGAGCUACUACAAACACAGUAUGGAGGUUAAGAGGACAAGUAAAGGGAGAAUGCUUCUGUAUAAUAAUUAGAAAACUCAGUUCUCCUUCCACCUGGCUAUUGUCACAUUCAGUUGUUUUGUUCUCAAAGUACAGAGACAAUUCUCUGGAGAGAACUUGAAACUAUGGAAUAAGAAACAAGUAUUAUACUAUUUUAGAUAUCGCCCUGCAGGUUGCGAUUAAAAACAGAUGGCAAGUUUGGGAGUGUUGAGAACAGUAAAUUGUAGCGGUAUAGGAGAGCCAGGCUGCUAGUUAUCGUAAUUAUCACCAAGAUUUUUAGUUCAUUUGAACUCAUACUUGUAAGUUUGAGGGCAAAAUACAUGGAGGAAAAAAUGCCCCCACUGAAGUUUGUGACAAAAUUCUCAUAGAUAAGAAUGGAGUUCCCCACCUAAUCUUAUUUGACAUAAUGUCUUGUGGUUUUCAGGUUUGAUUUUAAUCUGCCAAAAAGAUAUCCACUUCCAGUGGCAAUGGUAAAAGGAACGGUCCUUUGCUGGUAGCUACCGAGAGCUCGGAAUGGACCAAGACUCGCACUGCUCAGCAGAAAGGGAACCGCUGGAAGCUGCAGGCAGAAUUUCUACAUUUUCGACCACAAGUCCAUCUGAUGAAGAACAAAAUCAACCCAAAGCUGAAACUGCAUGUCAAGUGAGAAAAGAAAACCCAGAAAAAGAAGACCUGCGAGAUUCCAAUGUAUCCCAAAGUCCCAACUCUUCGAUGACCACGAAGGAGCUUCAGGAAUAUUGGAGGAAUGAAAAACGCCAGUGCAGACAAGUCAGACUCCUUUUUGAAAUCCCAUCAACCAGAAUCGUAGAGCAUCACUUAUCUAAAUAUGUGAUGUAUAAAAUCAUCGUCUUGCAAACAGGGAGUUUUGACAGCAACAAGUCCAUAAUUGAACGGCGCUAUUCCGAUUUUGAGAAACUGCACAGGAAUCUGCUGGAGGAGUUCAGUGAAGAAAUGGAAGACGUGACCUUUCCCAAAAAAACCCUCACAGGGAACUUCACAGAAGAAAUAAUCAAUGAGAGAAAGUUAGCCUUCAAGGACUACCUGAGGCUUCUCUAUUCGAUGAAGUAUAUCCGGAGAUCAAAAAAAUUUAUUGACUUUUUAACAAGGCCGGAGCUUCGGGAGGCAUACGGCUGCCUGCGGGGUGGCCAGUACACCAGGGCUUUGGAGAUCCUCUCCGAAGUCAUUGGGCUGCAGGAAAGGCUGACGAGAGGCAACCCUGUGUCCAUCGUCCCGACCCUCUGUGCCAUCGUGGUGUGUCACAAGGACCUGGAGAACCACGCGAGUGCCUUUGAAUAUGGAGAAAAAGCUCUGUCCCGCCUUCAGGUGCACACCAGCCACAGGUAUUACAUUCCACUGCUAGAAACAAUGAUCGCUUUGGCGUAUGAACUGGGCAAGGAUUUUCUGUCUCUGCAAGAAAAACUGGAAGAAUGGAAGGCAAAAAAAGACCCCGUGCGGGUUUUUACGCUGAAAGAACUUGCAGUUCGGGAGUACAUACAAUGAACACAAGGUACAUCUUCUUUAAAGAGCAAAGGUCUCAGCUCCUUUUCCUGGACACAAACUUUUGAAAGAGUAAGAACUGGAAAUUACCUGCUUGCCUGAAAUAACUUUACGUUAACAGAAAAAAUUUAAAUCAAAUAUCUGUCAUGUUUAAAAGGGGCAUUAACAUUUAUGCUGGAAAACAUUAUAUUUACUCUACAGAUAUGAGGCGUGCCUAAGCUUCUUAAGGUUUUUGGAAAGAAAUAUGUAACAGAAAAUCAUUUAUGAUUUGCUUGUUUUGAAUGUAGCCCAUUUCAUGUGAAAAGUCAGGAUGGGAAAAUACAAUGAAUAAAGCACUGAAGAAUGUGCAGACUCAGAGGCAUCGCUCGCUCAUGUGGAAACUACUUCCUUUCGAGGAGAGAAAUACCUUCUCAGCCGAUGCAAUCUAAAGGAUGCAUCUUCAGGCACGGAAUGUGGUUUUUCCCUCCUGGUCAGACAGCACUUGCCACUUCUGAGGACGAUGGGAUUGGGACGGGAGGACGCAGGGGAAAGGUUUACAGCCAGCUUGGGUAGGAGGAAAACAUGCAAGUGACAACCAUCAGAGAUGGGAGAAUAUGCUUCGUUUCCCUUUUGUAGCUGAUAGAGUUCUAUGACUUGCGUUAAAGGCACAUUCUUGUUUGGGGUGAUCUUUAGGUACAGCUCUGACCAGGGUAGGAAAUUCGUACUGUGUGCGCUAUAUACAGAAUGGAAGGAA